UACAUGCGUGUCAUUUCCUGAUUCAGGGUCAACAACAUGGUGCCGUCCAUGGUCUGGGCGAGCCAAUGAUUUGAGUGGAUAUUUUCCUACGAAUGCUUUUUAUUUCUAUGAUACUUCGCUAAUAUUGUACAAGAGCUAAUGCUGAGGCAUUAGAUUGUUAUUCGUUGUUUUUCCACUGUCAAAGAGUAUUGAACAGGUGUCCAUCUCUGCUGCUGCUCACACAACUGAUCAUGUCGGGGACAAAUGUGUGGACUCGCAGUCGGGAGAGGAUGAGACGGUUCCCAGAGCUGUUUGCCCAGUGUUCUGGUGAGGCUGCAGCUUAUGGGAAGUGUGUGACAGCUACUACCACAGGCAGACAGGAGCUGAGAAAGGACCUGUGUGUUAAAGAGUUUGAUGCUCUGAAGACUUGCAUUGUUACAGCAGCCAAGAAGGGAGUGAAGUAGACCAUUCUGCCCAACACAUCUCUGCUGGACAUAUAGUGCAUUCUGCUGGACAUAGGCUUUAUCGUCAACAUAAACAGGGGUGUAUUCACUAGGAACUAAACGGACGGAAACGAGGAGGGACCUACCUGAAUUUGUUCAAUAGAAACGCUCAAUUACAUUGUAAAACAUUUGCAUCUGUUUGCAGUCUGCACUAAUGACUACACCCCAGGCAGUGGACCUAAUGUCCCCGUUGUUCCAUGAACAUCAUGUAGUACUGUUUCAGUAAUGCGAUGGCAGGUGCUGAAAGAUAUCUUGACUAGUCCCACAAGCAUAAUGUUUGACCUGUUGUUGGUCCCAGAGGUAAUGCUAGCAUGGUGUUUCAACUAGUCUUCAAUAGUGCGUCAAGCUCAUACCGUUUGACUAUGUAAUAACAUGUAACCCACCACCGAAGACUUGCAGGACUGUGUAUUUGUCAUGUAGAAAUAUGCAAAUUGGUGUAUGGGGGUUCUCUUUGGUUAAUGUACACAACACACAUUGACAACCAACAUUUCAUAUUGUGACAUUUUCAGAAAUAUGAAUCAACCCAGAAUGAAAUAACUCUAAUUCUAAAAGAAGUCAUGAGGAGUUAUGAAGCCACUGUUGAUGUCCUCCCUUUAUGAAGUCCAUUUCAUUCACUGUUCCUUAUGGUAGCCACAGCACUGGGCACCAUUGUAGAAGUCCAAGCCACUGUUUUAAAUGCUACAAGAAUAGAGAGCGAGAGAUGACGACUAAUUGCACUUCUGUUCUGGAAAUGAUGCAUUUACAUCUCAAUACAGGCAUAAAGAUAUUCA